UGUUUGAUCCUUUCUUCUCUGUUCCUCCCCUUUUUUCUGGCAACCACCUCUUAUCUCCAGACUGAACCGUAAGCAUGCACAUGCUCAGUUUGGUAUGUAUUUUUCUUGGGAGAGUACAUGUGAUCAGCACAGGGCCAAUCAGCAUUGUCCAGACAGAGGUCAGGGGUUUUGCAUCCUCCUAGAGCAGAAAGAAAAACUCCUUCUACAGGCUUUAGCUAGUGGUGGGCUGGACACUGAUGGAAGCCACAAGACUGUUCUAACUGCUGAUGAGAAAAUAUAUUUUGCAGUUUAUAUUUACUAA